AUGGAUGAAAAAUCACUCCCGGCUGAUCAUAUCGAGAAAAAGGAUGAAACAUCAUCCCUCUCCUCCGGCCAGAAAGAUGAAGAAAUUCCAGCAGAUCCAAACCAGGACUGGUCGAACGCAGAAGAAAGAGCACUUGUCAAAAAAUUGGACUGGCGUGUCUUCCCCAUGCUCUGCAUAGUCUUCGGCUUGUCUUUACUCGACAGAACGAAUAUAUCAGCGGCAUAUAUCGCUGGAAUGGCUGAAGACCUCGAACUUGCGGUUGGGGCCAGAUACUCCAUCACCUUGUUGGUCUUCUUCAUUGGGUAUGCCAUAUUCGAGAUCCCAUCCAACAUGGUGAUUCGGAGGCUUGGUGCGCAAAUCUGGCUCAGCUUUUUGAUCAUAUCAUGGGGCCUCUGCGUUUUAGGAAUGGGUUUUGUACAUAGCUGGACCGCGCUCACCGUUUGUCGAUCUUUGCUAGGUAUCUUUGAAGCAGGCUUAUUUCCGGGCGCCGUCUUCAUCAUUGGGUCCUGGUACAGGCAAUUUGAAACAGCGCAGCGGGUGUCUCUGUUCUACAUGGCGUCGCUUCUGUCUUCCGGAUUCGGACCAAUAUUCGCCUAUGUUCUCUCACUGAUCCGUGUUGGGGAUGGAACAUACCGUCAGGGAUGGCGUUGGAUAUUUAUAAUUGAAGGGAUCGUCACCGUCGUGGCUGGGAUGGUGUCGCCCUGGUUUCUCGUGGAAUUCCCAGAAAAAGCCAAAUGGUUGACUCCACGUCAAAGGCACAUCGCUCAAGCUCGGUUACAAGCCGACAAAGCAGCCAAAGAAUACGUGCACCCUACAUUCAAAGAAUCGAUGAAGAUGCUUUGGGACUGGAAACUCAUCAUCUACUCAGUCCAAUAUUUCGUUGCGGCCUCGAGCGUGUAUUCGCUUGCGUACUUCAAACCUAUCAUCCUUCGGCAAGGUAUGGGCUUUAGCUACGCACUGUCGCAGAUCCUAGCAUCACCACCGUACGUCUUCGCCAUCAUCAUGAGCAUCAGCAUGGCAUGGGUGUCCGACAAGUACCGUACGCGCUGGCCCAUCUUGGUCGCGCAGAGUGUUACCGCCAUCGUCGGCCUAUUCAUCAUCCUCUACGCCAAACCCCCUGGCGUCCGCUACUUUGGCUUGUACCUUGCCAUCUUUGGCACUCAGGCCAAUGUUCCUGGGACCCUCGCGUACGGUCAGAGCCAAACCGCCGAGGUCAGGAAGAAAGGCGUCGUUGCUGCUGCCAUGAUCUCUGUUGGUGCCGCGGGUGGAAUUACGGGAAGUACCAUCUUUAGAAGUCAAGAUGCGCCGCAAUACCUGCCUGGCAUGUGGGCCACGAUAUCCCUGCAGAUCCUCUACUCGAUCGUCACCCUGGGUUUGAGCAUGUACCUGAAGCACCAGAACAGAUUGGCGGACGAGGGCAAGAGACCUGCGUUAGAAAAUGUCGAAGGGUUCAGAUAUGCGCCGUAG